AUGCCCAAGUUCUUCUGCGAUUACUGCGAUGUCUACCUCACUCACGAUAGUAUGAGCGUGCGCAAGGCGCACAAUAACGGCCGCAACCACCUCCGUAACGUUCAGGCAUACUACGAGCAGAUCUCGAGCGACCAGACACAGCAAGUCAUCAACAGUAUCACCGAUGCAUAC